UGCACUGCACCCAAGCUGACCUUCGCAGACAUGGUCGACAUCAGCCUCUUGGAGGAUCAUGAAGGCUUACACCAGGAUGUGUGCUGCUAUGCUAUCGCUCACGGCGAUGCCAACGAUCAAUGGCUGCUCGACCCUAACCUUGUCGCGCCGACAGCUUCAACUGAAAAAGUGCUGAAUACCUUACACGAUAUUGCAUUUAGUGCAGACACAUUUUCUGUCCCUAGUGGCAUAUAUCGACCAGAAGUCAUGGAAACCAUUGAGCAGGAAAUCGACAGGCUCAGUCCCCAGCUGCGGGAGCUCAGUCUUAAGAUACAUGCCCAUCCGGAGUUGCGUUUUCGCGAACAGUUCGCACAUGAUACGCUGAGUGACUUCAUGGCCUAUCAGGACUUUGAGGUCACCAAGCAGUACAAGUCCCAUGUACCAUCUAAGGAGACCCCGCGUUACAUGACCACCGCUUGGCGUGCCGCGUUUACUCACACCUCUGAGCAAGCAGUAGCCCACUCGAGCCAUUCCGCCCGCACACUUGGCAUAAACUCGGAAAUGGAUGCUUUGCCCAUUCCGAAGGGCAGCGCCAGCCAUGCAUGUGGGCACAAUCUAAUUGCCAUAGCGGGAGUUGCCGUCGCUCUUGGUGUAAAGAAGGCACUAGAGGUGCAUGAUGUCGCUGGCUCAGUGGUGUUGCUCGGGACGCCUGCCGAGGAGGGCGGGCAUGGCAAGGCCCGCCUGGUAGAAGCAGGUGCGUACAAAGAGAUGGAUACCUGCAUUAUGUGUCAUCCAGGGUCUGGUCCAAAACAUAUGGUCACACUUGCUAGUAGCCUGGCUAUUCAGGCCAUCAACGUCAAUUUCAAAGGAAAGCCGUACGCCGCGCUCCAGCCAUGGGAUGGAAUCAACGCUCAAGACGCCGUUGUGCACGCUUUCAAUUCCGUCUCAAUGCUCAGGCAACAGCUUCGUCCCGAGCUUCGAGUACACGGUGUUGUGCAUUUCGAUAAGUCUCCCCUCCCUGUGAAUGUUAUUCCUUCCGAUAUGUCCAUGGUGUGGAACAUCCGCGCGCCAACCAAGCAAGAUCUCGGGGAUCUGAGGGAACGAGUUCUGAAGUGUUUUCAAGGUGCUGCCACAGCGACGGGAUGCUCCCUGAAUUUCGUCUGUAAACAGCCACUACUGAAUCUUCAGCAAAACUCGGUCUUAGCACGUGAAUUUGCAAGAACCGCUGCCAACAGAUGUGGCAUGACCGCGGCCAAGGUGGAAGACAGUGGCGCAUUCUCUACCGACUUCGGGAAUGUCACCUACGAGCUUCCGGGUCUGCACCCUGCGUACACUAUUCCUACGGCUCAUAAUGGCGCGAACCAUACCGCCGAGUUCGCUGCCGCUGCCGCGGCACGGGAAGCUCAUGAUGAAACGAUCAAGGUUGCCAAAGCGCUUGCGCUCACCGGCUUCCGAAUCAUUGACGACGAGGCUUUCUUCAGAGAGGUGAGAGGCAUAUAUAUAUAUAUACUAGACCCAGAAUGUCGAUAAAGCGUGUAUCUAGGUUAAGGAUGAAUUCACAAACAUUCAGCCCGCUGGUGGUAAGGUCUAGGUGUCAUAAGUACAUGUUGCAUCUCAAGUAUUGAGCGUUUUCUCUAAAAGUAUAAAUGUGCUACAGUCCUGUAUAACGGCACAUGUACAGCAUGCAUACACUAUCUUUAUUCGAAGCCCACCUCGUGCCUUGUGCC